AUGGCAACACAAACAGCUAUCCAGAUGAAAGGCCCAGGCAAGGCCGAAGUCGUCACGGACACUCCCAUGCCUCGGCUUCGCGACGACUACAUCAUUGUGAAGACAGCGGCUGUGGCCCUGAAUCCGACCGACUGGAAGCAGAUUGACUACCUCACCAGCCCUGGAGCAAUUGUGGGCUGUGACUACAGUGGUGUAGUAGAGCGGGUUGGGCCUGCUGUCAAGCAUGGGCCGCAUGUUGGCGAUCGAGUCAUGGGAAUGGUUCACGGUAGCAAUCACUCGAACCACGAAGACGGAGCGUUUGCGGAACAUGUCACUGCCAAGGGGGAUCUUCAAAUCAAGAUUCCCGACUUCAUGACGUUUGAAGAAGCUGCAACGCUGGGCGCCGGCAUCAUCACCGUUGGCCAGAGUCUCUAUGAAUGCCUCGAGCUGCCCCUGCCUGAUGACCCUCCCAUGCGGCCCUUUCCAGUGCUGAUAUACGGAGGCAGCACUGCGACGGGCACCCUUGCAAUACAAUUGGCAAAGCUGUCUGGCUUGGAAGUCAUCACGACGUGCUCCCCCCAGAACUUCCACCUCGUCCGCAGCCUUGGCGCGGACUACAUGUACGACUACAACUCACCAAGCUGCGCCCCCUCGAUCCGCAAGAUCACCAAGAACCGACUUGCCCACGUCUUCGACACUAUCUCUACUCCCGAGACGGCAGAGCUAUGCUGCUACGCCAUCGGCAGCUCAGGCGGCAAGUAUACUGGCCUCAGCGGCCUGGCAGAGAUUCCACGGGACGACGUCGCGAAUUUGCACGUCAUGGCGUACACGGCCUUUGGAGAAGCUUUUGACUUUGGAGAUGAGAAUAUCCCCGCGAAUCCCAAGGAGUACGAGUUCGCCGUCAAGUUCAUGGGCUUGGCUCAGGGGCUGCUAUUCCAGGGAAGGAUCAGGCCGCAUCCGCAGAGCAUCAGGACGGGGGGGUGGAAUGGCAUCUUGGAUGGACUGCAGGAGAUGCGGGAGGGCAAGGUGUCGGGCGUGAAGCUGGUGUAUCCGGUUUGA